CUGGUUUGGGACUGCCACCUCGUGCGUGGGCGGCACAGUCACCGGGAAGGUCCUCUCGACAGUCUUGUGGCCUCGUGUCCUCCACCUUCUUGGUGCUUUCCCUUGCCGCCUCCCCUCACACUAGCAGCCUGUAGGAGAGGCGGGGCCCACAGGACAGAAGACUAAGCACAUGGACUGGAAAUUGGAAGGGAGUGCUCAGAAAACAGACUCACACUUGCUGCAGGAACAAGAAGUCAUCCUAGAGGACACAGGUGAAGAUAGCAUCUCUGAAAGCUUCCAGCUUCUACAGAUCGAUGUGGAAUGUGAGCAUCGGGAGGUUGAGACGCUGCCCACAGGCAGUGCAACGUGGUGCUCAAAAAAUGUCCAAAGAAAACAGAGACACUGGGAAAAGAUAGUUGCAGCAAAGAAGAGCAAAAGAAAGCAAGAAAAAGAAAGAAGAAAGGCCAAUCGUGUAGAAAAUUCAGGCAUCUGCCCCCAGCACAGCAAACGUUUUCUGAGAUCCUUAACGAAGGAGAGACUUUUGGAAGCCAAACACUCAGGACCAAGACUCUGUAUUGAUCUGAGUAUGACCAACCACAUGUCUAAGAAGGAAUUAAGUAGACUGGCUGGACAGAUCCGAAGGUUGUAUGGUUCAAAUAAAAAAGCUGACAGGCCAUUUUGGAUCUACCUCACUGGAUUCACAACAGACAGUUCCCUCUAUGAAGAGUGUUUGAGGAUGAAUGAUGGAUUUUCUAGUUACCUGCUAGACAUAACAGAGGAAGACUGCUUUAGUUUAUUUCCUCUGGAAACCCUUGUGUACCUGACUCCUGACUCAGAACACGCUCUUGAAGAUAUUGAUCUAAACAAAGUUUACAUCCUUGGUGGACUUGUGGACGAAAGCAUUCAGAAGAAGGUGACAUUUCAAAAAGCCCAAGAACAUUCUGUCAAGACAGCCCGCUUGCCAAUCCAGGAAUACAUGGUCAGAUGCCAGAAUGGGAAAAACUAUCAUUCAGAGAUAUUGGCCAUCAAUCAAGUAUUUGAUAUCCUGUCCACAUACUUUGAGACUCAAAACUGGCCUGAAGCACUGAAGAAAGGAGUUUCUUCCAGGAAAGGCUACGUUCUUCAGAACUCAGUGGAAUGAUGGACAGCCUAAGGAGCUGCAGGAGGCAAAGCUGCUGGAGGUGCUUUGACAGAGAAGCAGAGCAGAGGCUGGCGAUGGCACACACUUGCCUUUACCUUGACAUCCUGGUUCUUACCUAGAAUAUAAAUUACUAAUAACAGGGACCAUAUUUUAUGCUCUUUUCUAUCUCCCAUAGUGCCUGGCUCAUGGGAAGAGCCCAGAUAUAUAUUGACUAAGUAAAAAGUUUACAUAACAAGGAAUUAGCCCUAAACUAUAUGGCUUUGGAUGUAUUAAUUCAUUUUCUAUAUACCUAUUUGUGAAAUAUCUACUCUUUAGAGAUAGCUUAAAUAAUUGUUACAUCAAGUUUUUCACUCAACUGUCAUCAUAAAGUUGUAGCACUUUCUCUA